AUGGCGACCAUUUCAUCUGCCGCAAUUGCUUCAAAACUAAACCGUACACCUACUAUGAGAUUUACUACUGUGUUCUCGUCAUCCAGCUCAGUGUUCUAUGGUGACCAUAUCAAUAACCAGAUCGGUCUUCGCCUGGCUGUGGAUCGGCCCAGAAGAGUCCAUACGAGAGUGCCGGAGCUGGUGGUAAUUGCCGGCGUGGUUGCGCUGGUUUUCGGGCCCAAGAAGUUGCCCGAAGUUGGCCGGAGCAUUGGCAAGACUGUUAAGAGCUUCCAACAGGCUGCAAAAGAAUUAGAGUCAGAACUGAAGAAGGAGACUGAAUCUUCAGAGGAGCCUCCUGCUGAUAAGAUUACAGCAGUCGGUGAAGAAGAGAAACAAGAGGCUAAAGUCCCGAGCAUGAAGGAGCUCUCACAAGUUUGA